AUCCAUUGAGCAAGACAAUCUAGUUAUCAGUCUUUUGUAGAUCAUAUCUCUACUAGUAGCUAGUUCAGUAUUCAGUAUGCCGUUGACGACAGAUCUCUCUCCGACGACGCUUGGUCUGCUGUUUGCAUCUACGAUUGCCUCAACGUUUCUGGCGGGCAGUACGAUCCAAUGGUGCCUUGACAAGGGUCUCUUGGAGAAGAAGCUGUUGGAGAAGACGAAUCAGUACAAUGUGUUGGUAACGAUCGCGGCCAGUUCCUCCAUGAUUCACACACUGCUGUGUUUCUUCAACAAUCUGAUGGCCCCCAACUUGGAAUUCGGUGUGGCCGUGGUGGUGGUGGUCAACUGGAUGGUCAUGACCCAGUCGUCCAUCCUCUUGGUCUCCCAGCGACUGUCCUUGACCUUCAGGAACCCCAAGCAGGCAUGGAAACGAUUGCUCUGGAUCAACUAUAUUUUGAUUCCCUGUUGCAUUGCCAUAGGGACCACCUGGGCCGUGGCGUGGAAUGUAUCAGAAAGUCCCGUCUUGGAUCGCAUUGUCGGCAUUGUCGAACCCGUACAAAUUGCAUUGCUCGGGGUCAUUGAGUUUUGCCUCUCGGGAGCCUUUAUCGUGCAAAUGUGGAAGUACCGAUGGACGGCCGUCGAGCGACAUGGUAUGAUCAUGCUGGUACUGGUGGGAUGCUGUGAUUUGGUAUCAGUGUUGCUCAACUUGUUCAUGGGAGACCUAGAGUCUACGUGUGUGAAAGGACUCGUUUACUCGUUGAGAAUACGUCUCGAAGUCAAUGUCCUUUGCAAAAUGGUGGACUACAUCAAGAAUCGACGAGGCGCCAUUUCGUUUGGAAACUCCAACAACACGGCGCCCACUACAGCGUCCACCACUGCGCCGUCAAGAUCGUUUUCUCGAUCCUUCUACGGAUUCAUCUCCAUGACGCGGCCGCCAAAACGCAAAUUCCAAUCGGAACUCCGGUGGAUGCAGAGCGAACUCCGCACGGCAGAGGACCUCCACGGUUCUACUUCCCACACCAGUGGCAUGCUGCAACACGAUGACAAGUGCUCCCGCUGCGAGUUGGGACAUGCCACAUCCACCGCUGCGACAUCUUUUCAGAAUACAACCGUUGUACUGUCCAAAGAACAAGUAGUGGAGAUUGUGGAUCCGUUCUAUGGCAACAGCAGCAGCAGCCAUUGCCAUCCACAAGAACACAACGAGAGAUUUUUGAAAGAGUUUAUACAAGAAUUGGAACGGGAACAACUCGAUGCCAGCGAGCAACUCGAAGUGAGCACGCACUUGCAACCUGACGAAAAUGAUAACCUCCAGGAGCCACUAGAAUACGGCCUGGGGCACCAAGAGCAAACAGAUGUGCAAGUUGACUCCACCUCGCACCACCACCUCCACGGUUCCAUACCGCAUCCUCCUUUUGCGGAAACCAACAACGAACAAGAACCACACUCGGCGCAAACUAUCGCGUCGUCAACAUCCGGGGAAGAGGGGUAUCAACACUAUUUGCGGAAGCAAGGAUAGACAGCAGCGACCAGUUGCAUACUGUAUACCGGUACAUGUAUUCAUACUUAAAGAUUUAUUCGAUUUCAAAGCGAACCCUUUCAUUAGUAUAAACUAGA